AUGAUUAUUGCCUGGCUUAGUCACUACAUAAGACAUUACAUCCCAACAGGAUUUUUUGUGGAUCCGUAUGAGUUGGCUUCAUUACGAGAGAGAAAUGUAACAGAGGCAGUGAUGGUAUCAGAAAGUUUUAAUAUAGAAGCCCCCAACUAUUUGUCCAAAGAAUCUGAAGUCCUCAUCUAUGCACGACAAGAUGCACAGUGCAUCGAUUGCUUCCAGGCCUUUUUGCCUGUGCACUAUCGCUAUCAUUGGCCACAUAAGAAAGAUAGAGACACCCUGAUUGUGGUCAACAACCCAGAGUUACUGAUGUACUGUGACCAAGAGUUCCUUGUUUUGAAAUGCUGGGCUCAGUCAAAAGUGGCAGCUCCCUGUGCUUUGAAAAGUGAGGAGAUCUGCCAGUGGAACAGCAUGCAGUAUAAAUCAAUACUUAAGAAUUUGACCCUGCAAGUUCCUGUGGGACUGACUAUACACACCACUUUAGUGUGUUCUGUGACUCUGCUUAUUACCAUCCUGUGUUCUACUUUGAUCCUGUUAGCUGUUUUCAAAUAUGGCCAUUUUUCCCUGUAAGUUUUAUAUAGUUAGAUGUUUUCUAGGAACCUAAUAAAUGAGAUCUAUUCCUUU